AGGAAAACAAAAAGUGUUGGUCGAAGUGAAGUCAUUUCGUGGGUUCUCACUGGACCGCCUAAAGUGCUCGAGGGUGGCGCAUGGGUGCAGUGUGGCAAAUCCGUGGUUGCAUUACAUCAACUUCUAGUGGCGCCGAUUGGGAAGUUUGGCCAAAGCCGUUCCAAAUGCAUACGAACCCUAAUUAGGCGCAUUCUUGUGCGGGUGCAUCGGAUAAUGGGAGCCAAUGACCAUAACCACAUUUCAGCUAAUUAUCCCGUCAUUAGUCAAGACCCGAAGAAGAUUACGGGUCUUUAUGUGUAGAUAACAUCAUGUUCUACUCAAUUCCAUUAAAAUUGCGGAGAUAAUCUACAAGGAACAACCAUGAAUAACGAAUUUGCACCAGAGUUUAAAGAAUACUUGGCCGAAUACCAAUUACAAAAGCCACCCGAGGUCGUAGCACACUAUCAAGAUGGGGAACUGGAAGCAGAGUGGUUGGUGGCAGCUGGUUUUCCACAGCUAACCGUACCCUUUGAGGAGGGUAGAGAAUUGCAUACAUCAGAAUUAGAACCAGUUCUGUCUUCAUUGCCGAAAGAGCAUGCCGAGGCCAUAAAUCAGAGAGUUCGAGCUCUGAAUAAAACAGUAAGGGGACGAUCAAGGCAUAGGUACAGGAGGAAACCAGAUAUACGAGACGUUUUUAGGGAUGUCGACAGUAAUGGAGCUGCAACAAGAUCAAGAAGCGCCACACCAGAUUCUCUUGACUCGAUCCCACCCGCAGAGGUCUGGGAUAAUACUCAUCCAUCGGUUAUCUUUGAUCAUAACACUUCCACCCCCGAACAAGAAAAGCAAUUACUCCAACGAGUUCCAAGCGAACCUCUUCGAGGUUCAGCCGAGUUAUUUAGAGGUUCUAACAUUCGCUGUGAUCUCCCGUUCUUCAUGCCUGAGGGCAUUGAAUUGGUAGGAUUCCAGAAAAUCGGGACGGUGCAUAUUCCAAGGGUGCGAUCUGGCUCCGAUCCGUCUUGUUCGAUAGGCCGGGAACGUGGGAGUAUUAUUGCUGCUUCGCGCAGUGACAACAAUUUGCUAUCAGAUUCACCGCCUCGCGGAAGCUUCCUGGACGAGUAUUCAUCAAAUUCGCCAGGUAAAGAGGAAGUUUUCGUAACUACUCAACCCGUCCACUAUGUUCAAGAAGCAACCCCUAUUAGCUUUGAGAAUAUGUGUCGCCAAACGAGUGAGGAUCAAGUGGAAUGGAAUCCACUCAAUGAGCCUCAUGUCGAUGUAAAUGAUAUUAAUGAAAUCGAAUUGAAAAAAUUCCAGCAAUACUGUUGGCUUGAAUUAGCUAGUAUUUUUGAUCGCCAUCAAGUUGUUUUGGACAAAAGGAAACCAUUUAAGCGGAAAAGGAAGGAGGAAGGUAAUCUUUUCGGAGUGUCAUUGAAUGCACUGAUUCGUCGGGAUCAACAAGUCACAGGAGAAGAUUCAACAAUGGUUCCAUUAAUCAUACAAAUCAUUCUGGAGGAGCUUCGACGUCGAGGUGCUAAAGAAGAAGGUAUUCUGCGAUUGGCCGGACAUAGGCAAAAGACAGAAAACUUGUAUAAUGAACUAGAAGCUACUUUCUAUCAAAACCCUGAUCGGGCAGGGCAUCUGCUAUCAAUGGCUAGCGUCCAUGAUUUGAGUGCUCUCCUCAAACGGCUUCUUCGAGAUCUACCGCAGCCCUUAUUGGCGAACGACCUGAUCCAUUUGUUCUACCAAACCCACUGCAUCAGGCCCCCAGACCAAUACAAAGCCCUCUCGAUGCUGUGCCUCCUGUUACCACAUGAAAACCGCAACACAGUGCGGGACAUACUGUCCUUCUUGAACUAUAUUAUCGACAAGCAGGACAUGAACAAAAUGAACAAACAUAACGUUGCAACGAUAUUCGCUCCUUCAUUCUUCCCCCCACGUUUCAUCCACCCCGUUGAUAUUAAUGAUAUUGAGUCACAAGUGAAGAUGGCGGCUGCGUGCUGUGAUCUUACGAAGGUGUUAAUUAGUCAGGCUGAACUGCUAUUCAUGGUGCCAAAAAGGAUGCUUGAUCAAGCACGUGCUAGUAAAGGUGGACAUAACAAGAAAAUACGCGAUCAUGAUAGAAUGCAAGGAUCAAAGAUGGGAAAUGCAGGUCACGUACAUAGAAUAAUCAUUUAAUUUAUUCCCUUUUAAGCAUCUUGUUACAGUCCAAUAUAUUUUUUGUUGUUGAAUAAAGUAUUUAUAUUUUCGGCGUUAA